CGAGGCAGAGCCGCUUUGGAGGCAAGAGAGAAGGAGGAGGAAGAGAGGAGGAAGAAGGAGGAGGAGAAGGAGGAGGAUGGCUGCGGAUAUCCCUUCUUACAAAUGACCCACAUCUCUGUGUGCGGACACGUUUCACACCCAGGACACUUCUUCUGACGGAGCGUCUCUCUCCACGCGCACCAACAUGUCUGCGUCCGCGAUCUUCAUCCUGGACCUGAAGGGGAAGGUGCUGAUCGGCCGCAACUACAAGGGGAACAUGGACAUGAACGAGAUCGACCACUUCAUGCCCAUCCUGAUGAAGAGGGAGGAAGAGGCUGAGAUGACGCCGCUCGUCUGCCACGGCUCCACACACUUCCUGUGGCUCAAACACAACAACCUUUACCUGGUGGCGAUGACCAAGAAGAACGCCAACGCUGCUCUUGUUUACGCCUUUCUUUAUAAAAUAAUCCAGGUAUUUAAGGAGUACUUUAAGGAGCUGGAGGAGGAGAGCGUUCGGGACAACUUCGUGACGGUGUACGAGCUGAUGGACGAAGUGAUGGACUUCGGCUUCCCUCAGACGACCGACAGCAAGAUCCUGCAAGAGUACAUCACCCAGCAGGGUCACAAGUUAGAGGUCGGCGCUCCUCGACCUCCGGCCACCGUCACCAACGCCGUGUCCUGGCGCUCCGAGGGCAUCAAGUACAGGAAGAACGAAGUUUUCAUGGACGUCAUUGAGUCUGUGAAUCUACUGGUGAAUGCCAACGGCAGCGUCCUGCGCAGUGAAAUACUGGGCACCAUAAAGCUGAGAGUGGUCCUGUCGGGGAUGCCUGAACUGAGACUGGGCCUCAAUGACAAAGUGCUGUUUGAAAUCACAGGCAGAGAGAAGAGCAAGACAGUGGAGCUGGAGGACGUGAAGUUUCACCAGUGUGUCCGUUUGUCACGUUUCGAGAACGACCGCACAAUCUCCUUCAUCCCACCUGACGGCGAGAGCGAGCUCAUGUCGUACCGCCUUAACACAACAGUGAAGCCUCUUAUAUGGAUCGAGAGCGUGAUUGAGAAGUACUCUCACAGCCGUGUGGAGAUCAAGGUGAAGGCUCGGAGUCAGUUUAAGAGUCGCUCCACUGCCAACAACGUGGCCAUCAUGGUGCCGGUGCCCAGCGACGCGGACUCGCCCAAGUUCAAGACCAGCACGGGCAACGCCAAGUGGGUCCCGGAGAAGAGCGCGGUGCAGUGGAACAUCAAGUCUUUCUCGGGUGGUAAGGAGUACUUGAUGCGGGCCAGCUUUGGGCUCCCCAGUGUGGAGAGCGAGGAGCUGGAGGGGAAGAGACCGAUCACAGUUAACUUUGAGAUCCCUUAUUUCACCGUGUCUGGAAUUCAGGUUCGAUACCUGAAGAUCAUAGAGAAGAGCGGUUACCAGGCUUUACCAUGGGUGCGCUACAUUACACAAAGUGGAGAUUACCAGCUCCGGACAAACUAAAGGGCACAGAUGCUGCUAGACGAAUGGAUCUACUCCUCUCCUCUCCUCCCCUCUUCCUCUUCCUCUUCCUCUCCUCACGUCCUCUCCUCUUCCUCUUCCUCUACCUCUCCUCUCCUCUGUUUCUCCACCACCCCGUCUCUACUGAACAGCAGGGGACCAGUGCAGGAAGACAUUUCACCGACUCUGAGCGGACACAAGGCACCAUCCCUUCUGGCUCAGAUGGGAAAAGGCUGCUGCGUCACCUCUGACCUGUGAUUCAGUUUUUGAAAGGUUCCUCAGGACUUAAAUAUUUAAAACAAUUUGAAUAAUGAACUGAUAACCUGGUUUCACUGUCUGGACUUGGCGAGCUCUCAUUUCCCACGAGGUCAAUUUACCGAAGAAUUUGGAGAAAGAAUGUUAUUUUUAAAUGUAAAAAUAUUCACUCAAAUAUAGAAUUGAAUUAAACUUUAUUUAACGUCUCUGCUUUCCCACUGGAACUGAAUAUAUAGCGCCUGGAUUCAGUAACUAAAAACAUGUUCAAUGCAGCAUUUUCCCCACUUCUCCAUCCUUCAGUAUCCUUAAUUAUAAGGGUUUUAUUUCUUAUAUCUUUUGUCCUUCAUAUCCACUCUCACAUAAACUCGGUCAUUAAUCUUCAUCCCUCACAUUUUGAUGGAACCACUCUAUUAUACGUUCAUUGCCUUAAAGAAUCGUCGAUGUAUCUUCACCUUAAGCACUGUGAACAUAUUCCCCGGUGCCCUGAAACUAAUACCAGCGAACAGAUCAAUGAUUAAUAUGGCACAAUAUUGUCAGAGGCGUUGGCAGUGUAACAUAAUAUUGCAGACACACUCCUGCAGGGUCUUUAACCUUGUCCUUGUGAUCGAAACCCGCUCUCUGCUUUGAGGCAGACACAUUUUAAUUCAUCCGGUUAACUGUCGUCUAUAGUGGACCGGGUGGUCUCCUAAGGAAAUUGCAUAGAGGAGCAGGAAAGUGGGGAUCAGGAGGCCGGAGAGCACAAAGGUAAAAUAACCCGAGGGGAUUUGUGUCUCUGCAGAAUCUCAGAAUAUUGACAAUAUGUUGAGGUUAACAGUUUUUUCUUUAUUUUAUAUUUUGUGUGUCGACCUUUGCAGACCAAUACUCUUCUUCAGAGCCCCCCCCCCUCCCCCCCUUUCUGUUGUGCAUGCACCGCCUCGGUUCAGCUGCACUGCCAAAAGCUCCUGAGAGAGUCCUGAGUCACUGCUUUCGAGAACAAAACCCUUCGAUUAGAAUCGGCCCGUUGUCUCGUGUAAGAGGAUAUUUCAGACGCCAAUGAGGAUUUGUAUUAAAUGUGUGAGUUUUCAUUAAUUUAUCGACUACUGUUUGUCCAUAGGAAAAAAAGGGAUAUAUUUGGAAAUAAACUAUUCUUUUGUAUCUUA